GAGGACACAAGCCCACCAGAGAUUCAGCAAGCAGCAAAAAAGGCACCAGUAAAGACUUUGGUUGUGAAAUAAGUUGACAUACACGACAAAAAGAUGAGCCGCUUGGCAGACUGGAUUGUUGAGAACAAAGACAAAAUUGAGGCAGGGGUGGAGAUCAUGGGGAAAGCUUCCCAAGUGCUUGCUGCCACGGUGGGCAAGCUUCACCCCCUCCUUGAAGUUGUCUUCAUUGCUGCUGCAGAACUACUCAGGAACCCGGAUGGCCAAGAGGCUCGCUACGUGACCAAACAGUGCGAACUUGUCAAUAAGAAACUGGAGGGAAUCCAAGAUGAGAUAACCCAAAUCGCCCUGGAGCUGCAGAGGACAUCGAUGAACAAGCAAAACUUCCACCAAGAGGCCCAGAUGAUCAGCCAGUAUGAAAAGUUCCAGGACUUUAUAAACGCUGAUCAAACGUUUAAAGAGAAGAAGAUGGAGAAGUUUCUCAGCCAUUACGAGAACACUGACAGGGACAUGAACUUAGACGCACUCUACAACGCAGUCAUUGGGGAGAACAUCUCAGGGGACCCCAUGCUGGAAACAGUGGUCACCACCGAGCAGAGGAGCAGGAGGGCCGUGGAGAAUUUUUGUGCCAGUCUGAAGAAGCUCUUUGUGGUCGGCAUUAUUGCAGUCAUGGGCCACUCUGCCCUCAAAGAAGGGGUGGUUGGGGAGGAGAUGGUGAAGAAGUGGAAGGACCGCAUGGAGGUAGUAGAGAAGCGGAUGAAAGCAGCUGUGGAUGAAUGCACAGAGAAAUUUGCAGAUCAAGCCAAGCUGGACGUGGAGCACAUACUUCAAGAGAACCCCGGCACAGUCAACAGCGAGUUCACCCAAACCCUCCUGGAUUUACUCAUGAAGAAAUACGACUGGGUUAACUGGUCCAUCAGAGCCUUCAACAACAGAGAGCGGGUCUUCUUUCUUAACUGGCUUGCAGGAAAGAAGUUCCAUGGAAGUGGGGGCAGCAACUGGUUUCAGUUUUUAACCAGGAGCGGGAUCACAGUAGUGGUCUCUUACUGUGUUGACCCCAAGCCCAUCAACAAGGGUCAGAUUCAGGAGAAGAUCGAGGCCAGGAAGUUGAAGGGGAACAUGAUGGCACUGGCUCUUUCUUUGAACAACUUUUUCCCAAACUGUCUGGUUCAUGCAGUCAGCCACUACAAGGAGGUGGCUGAGUCCCAUAACUUCAGUGAGGACUGUUACUACUACUGGAAACACAAAAGAGCCCACCUCUGCAUUCACCCUGAGUAGACCCGCUGAGACUCUUCAAGUGGAGGGACACACAGAUUCAUGAAUAUUUUUACCUAUACGACAUU